AUGGGUGCUUCUGACAGUAUUCAACAAGGUAGAAGCACCUUCUUAGAAGAAAUGACUGAGACUUCACAUAUACUCCAUCAUUCCACAUCACGUUCCUUGGUCAUAAUUGACGAGCUUGGGAGAGGAACAAGCACUCACGACGGCGUGGCCAUUGCAUAUGCAGCUUUGCAAAAUCUUCUCCACCACAAGAAAUGUUUGGUCCUCUUCGUUACCCAUUACCCUAAAGUUGCUGAUAUUACAAAGGAAUUCCCAGUAUCUGCAGGGGUAUACCAUGUCUCAUAUCUGACUUCACACAAAACGCCAAGCUUCUCAGUCCCAAAAUCCUCUCAGGAUGUGAUUUACCUAUAUAAGCUCGUUCCUGGAAUUGCGGAGAGCAGUUUUGGUUUCAAGGUUGCCCAACUUGCACAGAUACCUUUAUCAUGUAUUGCACGAGCCACAGAAAUGGGGGUAUGGUUAGAAGAAAUA